AUGCUAGGAAAUAACAAGCCCUUUUAUCCCAGUCAGGAUGGCAAAGAUGAGGAGGAUGAGGAGGAGGAAGAGGAGCUGGCUGCAGAGAAGAGUGAGGAAGGAGUUAGUGACCUGGAGAACGGAGGACUGAGGGACGACGGGGACAUGCUGAGAGGACGCUCCUGGGACCUUAAAGGAGGAGAGGUGCCCAAACCGGCCGCCAUCGUGGUCGGGAGACAGAGAGCCGAGCGAGCUCAAAGGCCUGGUUACCAAGGCAACCGAGGUUACACAUCCAGUCAGUUCAAUCAUCUGCCAACCAAUAAGCAUCUCCCAAAUGUUUUCAACCAACACAACUCUGCGCUGACGGCUCUGCAGAAGAGGAGGGCCCUGAUGGAGCGCAGCAUGACCUCUGUGGCCCCCACCGAGGACGCCUACCCCACCAUGAUGGUGUUCCGGAUCGGCAUCCCAGACAUCAAACAAACAAGGUGUGUCCAGUUUGACCAGGACUGCACCGUGUGGAACGCCAAGCAGCAGAUCAUCUUCUCCCUGACGGAGUCUCUGUGGGACGUCUACAACUACGGCCUGUUCCAGCCGGCGGGGGAGGGGCGGGACGCACGCUUCCUGGAGGAGGAGCGCCCCCUCAGCCACUUCGCCCAGACUUUUGAGAAGGGGGUGCCGUAUCUGGAGUUUCGGUACAAAACCCGAGUGUAUAAACAGACCAAUCUGGAUGAAAAAGCUCUUUCCAAACUCUCCACAAAGGCAAGUCUGAAGAAAUUUCUUGAUUACAUUCAAACUGGAGCAGUUGAGAAACUUGCUAAAGUCCUUGAAAAAGGUCUUGACCCAAAUUUCCAUGAUCCUGACACUGGAGAGACGCCGCUGUGCGUGGCGAUGCAGGCGGGUCUGUCUGUGGAGGGGGUGAGGGUCCUGCUGCAGGGGGGGGCACACCUGGACUUCAGGAGCAGAGAGGGACUCACCCCAGUGCACAAGGCCGUCAGAGCUCACAAUCACUCUGGACUCCUGUCUCUGCUGUCUCUGGGCGCCUCUCCGGACUACAAGGACCGCUGUGGCUUGACCCCGCUGUACCACACUGUGCUGACAGGGGGCGACACCUCUUGCUGCGAAACCCUGCUUUACUACAGGGCAAAGCUGGGCACCAGGGAUGAGAAUGGAUGGGACGAAUCACACCAGCAAAGAGAUGAAGAGGAGUUUGGAAUGGAAGAAAUACAUAAGGCUUGUCAGAAUGGCUUUGCCCAGCACUUGGAGCAUCUGCUGUUUUAUGGGGCAGACACCACUUCUCAAAACGCCUCAGGGAACACGGCUCUCCACAUCUCGGCCCUCUACAAUAAGGAGAGCUGUGUGCGGGUCCUGCUGUACCGAGGAGCCGACCGGGAGGCCAAGAACAUGCACGGCCACACGCCUUUUCAGCUGGCAGUUAUGUCCGGACACUUUGAACUCGGGGAACUCAUCAAAAAUCAUAAGGAUACAGAUGUAGUGCUGUUUCUGGAGUCACCAAAGUAUGUUCCCAAACGCAGAGAGAGCUCGCACACCCUGUCUCUGCCCGGCCCACAGAACCACCCCCUCCUGCGAGCCAACAGUGAGAACACCAUGACACCGGCGGACCCUGCUCCCCCACAGAACAAGCCCAACAACCCCAACCCCGGCCAGGGCCAGCGCAGAGCCUCCGUGAGCAUGAGGAGCUCCAGCAGUCCCAGGACCAGACACAGGUCCCCGUCCCGAGGGAGAGGGGGGCAGAGCGACACCGAGGAGAGGCACAGGCAGCCACGCGGCCGGCAGGGGGCGCCUUCAGCGGGCAGCGGCGGAGGUCCGGUGAAGCGGAUGUACAGCGCCGUGCCGGGACGGGUGUAUGUGGCCACCAAACCCCACGUUGCCAACGGUGACAAGGAGCUGUCAAUCAGCAAAGGGGACAAAGUGAAAGUGCUGAGUGUGGGAGAAGGCGGCUUCUGGGAAGGCUCCGUGAAAGGUCGCACUGGUUGGUUUCCCUCCGACUGUGUGGAAGAAGUGGCAGCUCUGGGCAAAGACAAUCGAUCAGAGACUCGCAGCGAGAAAGCCAAGAGGAAGCUUUUCCGAAACGUCACUGUCGGAGCCUACGAUGGCACUGAUGGGCCCAGUGACUACAUCAUUAAGGAGAAGACAGUGCUGUUGCAGAAGAAAGACAAUGAGGGGUUUGGCUUUGUGCUGCGAGGGGCCAAGGCCCAGACUCCCAUAGAGGAGUUCACCCCCACACCGGCCUUCCCCGCGCUCCAGUACCUCGAGUCUGUCGAUGAGGGGGGCGUGGCCUGGAGGGCUGGCCUCAGGAUGGGGGAUUUCCUCAUUGAGGUGAACGGCCAGAAUGUGGUCAAGGUCGGUCACAGGCAGGUGGUCAACAUGAUCCGGCAGGGGGGCAACAGCCUGAUGGUGAAGGUCGUCAUGGUGACGCGGAACCCCGAGCUCGAAGACACCACCAGAAAGAAAGCACCACAGCAGAAGAGGCUGACUCCUCCUGCGAUCGCCCUGCGCUCCAAGUCCAUGACAUCAGAGCUGGAGGAGAUGGUGGAGAAAGGUGUGGAGAGGAUGUCUCUGUGUCCACUGGUGUUUCAUGUCCAUCUCAGUCUCAGUCCCAUCAGCACCAUCCCAUGUGUCACGUGA